AUGACAGAGAAAGUCGCCCAGAACGAGAAGACAGGUAGUUCGGAGACGGACGACUUCCAAGGCCAAAGGGACGCCACUCAGGAGGAGAUAGACUCACUGCCUCAUGUGGCUGAUAAGCUGCCUUUUGCUGCUUGGGCCGUCAUCCUCGCAGGCGCCUUUGAACGAUUCACAUACUUUGGCUUAAUAGCACCGUGGCAUAUAUGGCUCGGAAGGUUCAAGACCUUAAUGAUUGGUUUGGCAUUAUAUCUUGCCGGAUGCAUCAUCUUGGUUACGACUUCUAUCCCGGAUGCGCUAAAUCAAGGGGCUGGAAUCGGUGGUCUCGCCACGUGUUUGGUCCUUGUUGGUCUCGGUGUUGGUUCAGUUAAGGCUACGUUCUUUCCGUUGCUUGGAGACCAGUAUGUUCAGAAGAAGCCUCAACUGGUUCAGAGUGAAAACGGCGCGAGAGUCAUCGUCGACGGACCUAGAACUAUCCAGCUCAUGUAUAACGCAUAUUACUGGUUCGCGAACGUAGCGUCCCUCUCAUCUAUACCAGUAACGUUUCUAGAAUUUCAUUACGGCUUUUGGGUUGCCUACCUACUUACAACCAUAUCUCUUUGUGUUUCUAUUGCCUUCUUCGCGAUCUGGUCAGGAAAGCUAGUCAAGAUUGCACCCAAGGGAAAUGUCCUCCCAAGAGCAGUCAAGACAAUGAGCUAUGCUGCAAGGAGCGGGUUCAAACUGGAUCAUGCCAAACCUUCUUACCAGCAGACUCGCCAUGGGAGAACCGUUCCAUGGACCGACCACUUUGUAGACGAAAUGAAACGGGGACUGAUUGCAUGUCGUGUCAUUUUCUCCCUACUUGUCUUCUACCUCUGUAUCAACCAGAUGUACAACAACCUCGUUUCACAAGCAGGCCAAAUGGACUUGCAUGGGGUGCCAAACGACAUGAUCCAAGCCUUUUCUGGAGUGGCAUGCAUUAUCUUCGGUCCGAUAAUCCAAGGUCUAUACGAGAUCCUCGCCAAACGCAAGAUUGAGUUCGGCCCAAUCGCGCGUAUGACGGCUGCCUUUAUCUUCUGUGGAGCCGGUAUGGGAUACGCGGCAGGUCUCCAGCGACUCAUCUACUCGUCCGGACCGUGCUACGACCGGCCAUUCUCUUGUCCCGAGUCGGAAGGGGGGAAGAUACCUAAUAGCGUCAACGUGUGGGCCCAAAUGCCGGUCUAUAUCUUCUUGGCCAUCGGAGAGAUCUUCGGUUUUGUCACCGCGUUCGAAUACGCAUACGGCAAAGCACCAAAGGACAUGAAGACUGUGGUACAGGCACUGACUCAACUCACGGCUUGCUUUGCCAGUGUGUUGGGAAUGGCAAUCUCUCCGGCAGCCAAGGUUCCCAAUAUGGUAAUAUUCUAUGCGUGCUUGGCUGGAGCAAUGGGACUCACUGCCGUCUUAUUUUGGUGGAGAUUCAGGAAAUAUGAUGAGAUAGAUACAGAACUGAAUCAGCUGGACUACAAGGAGGAGGUAUUCGAGUCUACUAGCCCAGCAUCAGAUGAGGAGAAGGCAGUAAAAUCCUAG